AUGUCGAGGAUGUCAGGACGUUUAGAUGGGGAUGUGGGCCAGGAAAAAAAUGUUUGGUCUUAUAGUGGUUUUGUUAAUUUAAAUAAUUUAACAAAUGGUAUUCAAAAACAUGAACGAUCUCAAACACAUAUUUCUUCUGUUUUAAAAUUAAAAAUGUUUGGAAAAUCUAGAAUUGAUUUGCAGCUUGAUGAACAAAGACGUUCAGAUGUAAUACGCCAUAAUGAAUUGGGAAAUUUCCUCGGUUGUUUAAAUUUAUUAUCAUCUUAUGAUUCUAUUUUAAACGUGCAUUUAGAAACAUCAAAAAUAUUCCGUGGUACAUCCAAUAGAAUUCAAAAUGAUCUUAUUUGCUCAGUUAGCAACAUCAUAUCAACGUCCAUUGAAUCAGAAAUAAAAAAUACUAGUUUUGUUGCAAUAUUAUUAGAUGAAACUUCAGACAUAGCAAAUCUGUCUCAAUUAUCAACAACUUUAAGGUAUGUUCAUCAUGAAACCGGGGAAGCACAUGAACGUUUUAUCUCAUUUGUCGAUGUUAGUGCUGAUAGAUCAGCAGAUGGUUUAUUGAAACACGUAAUUGAUAUAGUUAAUAGGUAUGAAUUAAAACAUAAAUUAGUAGCUCAAACUUAUGACGGAGCGGCCGUUAUGAGUGGUCAUGUUGGAGGACUACAAGUUAAAGUAAAGGAGCUCUACCCAAAAGCAUUAUUUGUCCAUUGUUUUAGCCAUUCAUUAAAUCUUGUACUUUCACAAUCAGCAUCAAAUAUAAAAGACUGUAAGAUUUUUUUUCAAACACUAACUGGUUUGGGAUCAUUUUUUACUAAAUCUUCUAAACGUACACAUGCUUUAUCUAAUUUUACAAGAAAAAAAAUGCCAAAAAAUGCGCCGACUAGAUGGAAUUUUUCUUCUCGCUUAGUAAAUACAGUUCACGAAUACAAUUCAUAUUUCAUAGAGUUUUUUCAACACGUAUUAGAUAAUUCUAAUGAUUGGGAUAAUGAAGCGAUAGUAUUAUCUCAAGGGUUCAUCAAUUUUUUAGAUAGUCGACAAACAUACUUUUUGCUAAUAGUAUUUAGUAAAAUAUUUAGUUUGACUGAUAUUUUAUAUGAAGUAUUACAAACUAAACGUUUAGAUAUUUUAUACUGUGUGAAAAAAAUUGAAGAAACUAAAUGUCAACUGCAAAAUUAUAGGUUAAAUCUAUUUGAAAAAUUAUGGGAAACAGUUUUAUCAGAUAAAGGCGAUUUUGAACUACAGCGUAAAAUUCGUGACCCGAAAACAUUUUACAAAGUACUUUUUAAUGAAAUAUUUGAUAACAUAUUGACAAAUUUGCAAGCGCGAUUUGGUUCUUUAAAUAAAUUUGAAUUUUUAUCAUUAAUUGACCCAAUCAAAAAAAUUAAGAUGAAUGAUUUAAUAUCGGCGUUCCAAGAAGUAUUUAAACUCAGUCAACUAAUUUUAACUAUUCCCAGUACAACAGCUUCAGUUGAACGUUCUUUUUCGGCAUUAAAACGUAUCAAAUCGUAUCAAAGAUCUACACAAGGGCAAGAAAGACUAAGUUCAUUAUCAUUAAUUUCAAUCGAAAAGGAACUCCUGCACAAAGAAAAAAAUCAUCCAGAAUUUUAUGAUAAAGUUAUUAACGAAUUUAUAAAACAAGAAAGACGAAUAGAUUUUGUUUAUAAAUAA